AUGGAUGAGAUGAACAUGGACGGAGAAUUUGAUGAUCAAGCCAAUCCUAUCAUUGUUCAUAUAUACUGGCAUGGGCUCAACCUGCACAUAUUCCUCAAUUUCUUAAGCUGGGGCAAUCAUGAAUGCACACUUGAUGCCAAGAUUUCUUACAAGCACACUGCAUUAAUAGUGCUGGCACGAAACACCCUGACCCAAGGACACCCACCAUAUGAAAAGCUGAGAGGCAUAGAGGAUUUAGCCAGAUGUUCACCGGAAGACGUCUCUGAGGAGGGACUUACUGGUAUUUUGAUUGAAGACCUUAUCUUAAAGCUCCAAAGUGCAGGGUUUGGAGAAAAGCAAAAUGUCAAACCAAAUAGUGAUCUGAUGGAUAAGGUACAAGAGCUUGUGAGGAAGAUGCCUUUCAUCAUUUCAUAUGACAAUCUUAACAUCUUGUUUUGUGUCUACUCCCAAAGGAUUGAUAACCAGAACCACUUUGAUAGUGGGACUGCUGCUACGGUUUUUUUCCAGCCCAACGCACCUCCCAUUAGGCCUCUGUGCAAUUGCACACUGCAAGAAUACAGGGCAGCAAGACAUAAGACUCCAUUGAAUGUUGAGGAAAUAUACACCAACUCCAACUCUAUAAACAACACAAUGACCAUUUUUGGCACACCACCUCCAUAUAUGCUUGGUACUGUUUAUAUAGAGGAGGCCAGUUAUGAUGGCAACAACAAGCUUCUGGUAGAAUGGCUUAAACAGCUUGGCUUACAUUGGGAUGAGCAGCAGCAGAAGACAGGACUAGAGAGAGUCAUACCAUGGGUAGUAGCUUCAGCAAAUAUAGGAAUAUAUAUGCGACAACAGAACCCACACACAUUCCUACCUAUCAACAAGGGCCAGGAGUACAACAUCAAGGCAUCCAAAGGUAUUUUUCACACCAAGCUCAGCAAAGAGAAGGAUCUCAAGCGGCUGUCCAGCGCUUACACCACCUCUCAAAUUCCCAUUGAAAAGGAGGGACACAACAUAAAAACAAGCACAGACAAAAUUCAAGACUUUGUUACAAAUAGCGCCCUCAACCUUCUUACUAACAAAACAAUCUGCAAAUGGUGGAACAAUUGGGACUAUAUACGAGCUACAGAGGAAACAUGGUAG